AUGCUCGCUUCUGGGGCCCGCCUGCGAGCUACACGGCAGGGUGGCAGACACUUCCCCGGCGGGGCAGACACAAAGCCAAGGCGGUCCCCGGUUCCUGACUACUCGGAGCCGAGUUCGGACUUCACUCCGGGGCAGGGGGCGCGGCGAGGCUGCCGAGGAGCAGGCCUCCGGGACGACUGCGGUGGCGCGGAACCCCGGCGCGCCCCCGACACUGCGGCGGGGACGCGGCCCGUGGGGGCGGGGCAGUCGUGGGAUUGGGGGGGGUGGGGAUCGCCGGCCAAACUGCCCGCGGAAGGGCCUCCCAGGCGGCGCCGGGGGGACUGGCCGGGCGGGAGGCUGCGGCGGGAGGGCGCGGGCGCCGAGCUGAGGGGUCGCGGCUGUUGCGGUCCAGCCGGUUGCCCCGGCUGCGCGGCGGAGGCGGGCCGACGGCGGCCGCCGCGCCUGGGCCUCACAAAGAGGAAACAGUCCAGCCCGUCAGCCCGCAGCCCCGGCACUGGGACCCGCCCAGAGGGGUCAAGGGCGACGGCUCUGGGCCCCCGGGGGGAGCCUAGCGAGGAAGAGGCACUUCCUGCCUGGGUCCCCCCGCCCCGGGCCGAUCCCGGAGUGUUUCGAAGCCGUCGGCCCGGAGGGCUCCUCACCCCGCAUCGGGCUCCUAGUCCAGCCCCCCUCCCACCGCACUCACCCGGAGCGACUGUGAGAUCCGCGGCCGUAAGCGGAUCCUCGCUCCUCAGCUGGGAUGAAGCCCCUCGGCCACCCGAGUCUCCAGGUUUAGUCAGGCCCUGGCCUUGGCCCCGCCUCUCCCUGGUUGGGCCUCUACGUCAAUCACUCGGCAUAGCUCCACCCCUCGAGCAGUCGGCUCUCCCGGUUGGCCCAGAAUGCCCUUCAUUCCUAGGCCCCGCCCUCAUCCCCGGCCUCCUGCCCCUUCCGCUAGGCCCCGCCCCUUCCCUGGUUCACCCUCCCCCACUCCCUCUCCCCUCCGCGUCGCUGCCCACCCCUCCCAGAAGCCGCAGACCCAGGGAGAGCUCCCGCAGCUCGCUCCGCCCCUGACUCUACUCCUCGUACUCGUACAGCCAAUCAAAGAGGCUAACUCUGCCCCUUCUCCGGAGGCGGCCAAUGUGGAGAGACUUCGGAUCCACCUCCUUCCCAGCUGAGAGCACACAACACAGCAUCCACGUGAGUCAGCUUCUUAAAGGAGAAGGCUCAGCCUUUCUAAUUGCGGCAGAUGUAAGACAUCGCGCGUCAUCAGCGUCACCAGGUGGUGGCUAAGGCCUAGCUUUUUGAGACCCAGUGAUGGCAAAUGAAAACAACAGGCUGUUUUUCUAGGCAAAGCAGGUGCCUUGAUAGUUACACCUCACCGUGUCAUUAAUUUCUUUGAGAUUGCUUACUUUUGUCAUGCCUUUAAAAAGGCCACCUUUUAUUGACAAACCCCAAACCCUUUGAAUCUCGGUGUAUAGGAAAUCCGGAAGAACAUGGGAAAAGGCAUUUUUCAAGUGUGCCUGACUGAAUUUACAACUCGAGUUUUCUUUUGGUAGUGGAAAUGAUUAUCAAGAGGAUGAGAAAAUUCCACAUAGAGAUUGUCUACCUCUGAAAGUCCGAUAUUUGUUGAAGAAGGUAGCUGUUCCCCCUAACCCUCAUCAACGCCUAAGACAGGUUUUGCGUCUCAUCUUAUUUGAGUUUUCCAGAUGAGUAAACUGAAGCACAGUGAUUAACAUGCCCAAGGUCACCCAGUAGAGUUAUUAUACCCUGUAAUCGUAAACUUGGAAGAGAAUGAUGAAAAGGUUAAUCUAGAUGAUGACGACGUGCAGAGUUAAAAUCCAAACGUGCGGUAAGGAGGGCAGAUAGGAAUGGAAUGGAAGGAACAGGUUUAACUUUAACAAAAAUGG